AUGCUUCGAUCGCAAGACAAUAAGGAGCUUUUUAAAAUAAUUGAAAUCCUUGAGAGACAAGAAGGGACUCGAUCAAAGAGCGAUCUAGAAUUCAUGCAGAGCUAUUUCACUGGCCUGAUGGAAUCAAUCCUUGAACUUGACAAUGAUAAGGGCUCUGAGUCUGCAGGAAAAUCGAAUGAAGAGCUUCAGAUGAACCUGUUCAAAUCAAUGAAGUAUUGCUAUGUGGACAAGGGACAUUCAGUAUUUCAAUACGGAGACCUUGGAAGCUUGUUCUACAUUAUUUUAAAAGGGACUGUAAGCUUGAGCAUCCCAACUGAAAAAUUAAAAACCUUAACUGAGCAAGAGUAUUUCAUGUAUCUCUAUAACAACUAUGAAAGGUUGCACUUUGAAAAAAUUGAAAUCGAGAGUCGAAUCCUCACAAAAUUACAAGAAGUUAGGGAAUCUGGGGAGAAACCACCUGAAAACAAAUAUGAUAACAAAAUACAAAAAGAGUACAACAUCUGGGAAAUGGUAGAUGUUGUGAAGUACUCUAAUGGCCAAAGCUUCGGAGAGCUCGCCCUGAUCAACAACAAACCUAGAGCAGGCACAGCCUUCUGUGAAGAAGCAUGCCACUUCGCUAUUAUUGAUAGAGACUCAUACCAGAGAAUAUUAGGCAAGAUGCAUCAGAAAUAAGAUUAAUAAAAUAACUGAUUUCUUACAAAAUAUCAAAAUAUUUGCGAGCCUAACUCUGCAAACUCUUCAGAAGCUGACUUAUUAUAUGGAGCUACUUCCUGUCACUUAUAAGCAAAAAUUGUUCAAGCAAGGAGAGCCUCAGAAAGGAGUUUUCUUGAUUAAAAGUGGAGAGUUUGAAAUCACCCAAAAACUUGUUGAAAAACAAGAAGGUCAUGAGCACUUGUACAUUAAAAAGGCUAAAAACAAUGAUCUCAGCAAGUUAAAGCAGUUUAGGCUCUCUAUCAUCAGCAAGUAUCAUAUAAUCGGACAUCAAGAAUGAAUAGAUGGGGUAAAUAGCACAUGUACAGUUCAAUGAAUCAGCAUCAAAGGGAGUGCAUAUUUUAUCCCUAAAAAGGAGUUCCUUCAACGUUUCAAACUUUCUAACUCAAAGAAAGCUCUCGAUGAAGAAAAAGAGAAUAAAAGCAAAUUAAUUGAUUUACGGAAGAAAGUAUUCAAAAAGGUUAAAAACAAACUGACAGCAGACUAUAUCUUUAAAAAUCCCAAACUUGGAGAAACAAGCAAAUAAAGAAGGAUUCUCCACUAAAUCAUCAUCUUCACUUGAGAAAUUAAUCAUGGGUAAUGAAGAGUCUCUUCCAAAGCCAAAAAUUCCACUACCAAGAGUGAAACUAUCUAGAUUAGCAAAUUCAAUAUCUUCUACGGUUUCGAAAGAUGGCACUUCAUUAGGGAAAUAACCUUGAUGAUCUCAUCAUUUUGACCAAUAACUCAAGAAGCAACACUGGAAUAGAUCUUCGAAGAGAGCAAGCAGGUUUUGAUAAUCUUUAGAAUUCGAAAAUAUUGAACCAAAAGCUCACUUGAAGAAUCUUUGAAAGGAGAUAAUUCUAAAUAAAAAGAAACUUAACAAUAAUCACAUAAAAAUUCAUGAUAAGAGCAGGGGCUCCUUUGACCAAUUUAAAAAGUUACCAAACCUCAAACCCCAAAUAACCAAACUGGCAAAGAAAACCCCUGUAAACCCUAAGAAAAAGUCUACUCUCCCACUCUUGCACAAAAAGACUAAAAAUCCUCCUCACCUCAACUCCCAAAAACCACCAAUGAACCUAAACCUCCGAUACCCCACCCGCAACAAACACACCUUACAUCCCUGCAUCUCCCAAAAGAUCGGAAUAACCUCCACCCUCUCCCACAUCUGCACUGAGCCACCCACAGCCUCAACCCGCAAGAAGAAAAUCAGACAAUUCCCAAGCGACAGCUGUAUCAAAAUCAGACAGCUCCGUACAGCAGAAAUGCAUGUGCUUCGGAAUAGGUGUGUUACCAAAAACCUCAAAAAGCCGUAUCCCCCAGUCGAAGCUCCCACUCCAAAACUCUACUUGCCCAAAGGCCUUAGUCUAAAUUACAAAAACAGUAACGUUUUGAAACGCAAAAGUUUCAAGAUGACCUCUCAAAAACUUGACUUAAAACCACACAAAUUUGUUCUAAAAACCAAGAAAGUUUCAAC